AUGGACCUUUCACCAAGAGAAGGAGGAGAAAGGGUUGCGUCGGUGGAACCCUUCGCCGGACCUGUUUGGUCGGAAAACGACCGGUGGAGAGAUGGAGAGAAAGAAAGAAAUGAGGAGGAAAAGAGAGAAGAAAGGAGGAAUUUUUUAGGGGAGAAAUGUUACGAGGAAAGUGAGGAGAAGAUUGGACACACAAAAUGGCAAAGGAGGCGGAUCCGAGUGCCGCCGAGUAGAAGAAGAGAGGUGGAGAGAGAAUUGAAACCGCUCAUUCUCGGGGAGAAUGAUAGUUUUAAAAGCUGGACUAGAUCAACCCAAGUGUUUAUGUUGAGUCCUGUGCCGAAUCCAAGUAUUGAUUCGAGAAUGUUUGCUCGGAAGGGAUUUGAUUAUUUUAUUAAUGCCGAAGAACCUGGUAUAGAAACAGCACGUGGCUUGACAUGCAGUGGGUUGAAGUUUGGAUGCAUCGAAAUUUCUGACGAUAAAAAGAAAAAAAAAGAAAAAAAGAAAAAGAACAACCGGAUUGCCUCUUUUAGCAUGUAA